AGGUCCCUCGGAGAUUUAGCUUUCUCUUCAUUUUUUAUCAAGUAUUCGUUUUAGACCUUCAUAUUCGUUUCGUUGGGGACGUCUUUCAUUUUGGGUUCCCUUCGAAAGUAGUUCAAUUUCAAUUUGUUUCUAAGUGAGUGUAGUGUUGGAGUGUUGCGUGACAUGGAAAUAUGAGUUGGUUUGACACCAAAAACUUUGCAAGCCUUGCCAAAGCACUGAAGGAGGCUCAAAAGAAAAUUGACAAAGUUUUGGAUAUCCAAGAGGAAGAUGCAGACAACGUAGGAACGACACAGUGUGAAAAUGACGUCGUAGAUGUUUCAGAAAAUAAAAACACUUCAACAGCUUUGACAUUGGAUUCUUCUGUUGGUAUUUUAUCAGCGGAACAGACCACUUUGUGCCCCGACGAACGGGAUGGAUCCGAAUCGGUCGAUGUGCUGGUUACUGGAGAUAUGACUUCAGAUUCUGGGACCGUAUUUCCGGAUGCUGCAACGGAGAGUAUAGUUAUUAUUGGAAGUUCUGGUGACGUCUGUCCCGACGAUUCAAAUCAGAAAGGUGAAGCAGAGACUGAUGUAGAUAAAUCAAAAAAAGUUGAGAAAAAGUGUAAUCAAAACAUUCGGGAUGAAGUUUCUUACGAACUUCAAACAAUUGACUCCGACUCAACGCAAAGCUUCGAAGAUGUGCAAUUGAAUUUAACAAAAAGCGAUCAAAGCUUCAGUAUUGAUGAAAAGGUAUAUGUUAGCAAUACACCCUCUGCACAAACAUCAAAUGACGAAAUGGAAACAGCUACUUCCUCUGAUAUUGAAAUUAUUUCGAAUCCCAGCACCACAACAAGGACCAGCCCACAAAAAGAUGAAAAGAAUGCGAAUGUCGGGAUAAAGCCAAAAGGGACGCCAGGAGAAUCUUCUGCCAAGGUGGGGCACUGUCGUGAACCAUCGGAAAUUUCAAUGUUUUCAAUAGAUUCUCCUUCUGAAGAUGAGGUAGAAAAGCUGCUAAAGCGCAUAUCUGAAUUGAACAGUAUAGUAGAGGCAAGAGAAUUGCGUUUACUUCAAUCGGAACAGCGCAAUUCCGAAUUACAGGAACGCAAUAACGAGCUACUUUCAUUAAUAAAUGAAGAUGGCAUGCCGCCCACAGAAGAGUACACCAAACGAUUAUCAGCGUUGGAAAAAAAAUUCCAGAAUUGUAUACUUGAAAGGGAUACGUUAAGAGCUGAAAUCAAGGAGUUGCAAGGAAAAAUUCCAAAAAACGAUUUGAACAAUGCUUUAACCGAAAGCCAAAAUAUGGUAGCAGAACUACGCCAAGAAGGAGAGAAACUGUCUAAAGAAAUUUUGCAGCAAUCUAACAUUAUCAAAAAACUGCGUUCCAAGGAAAAAAGCGUCGAGGUGCAAAUUAAGUCAAUGACAGAUCAAUUGUCUGCUUCCAAUGAAGAAGUAGAUAGGCUUAAGAAAACGCUUUCAGCUAAGGAGGAUGUGGAGAGGACUCAAAUAGAAGCAGUGCAUAAAAUGUCUUCAGACAAUCAAAAACUGGAAAAAGAAAAUAGUUCUCUACGGAGCAAGUUGGAGGACACACAACAAAAACUAAUCACAUUACAGCAUAGUUUUGAAGCAGUUAAAGUUGAACUGCAACAGCGUUCUAAGCAACAUUCCGAUCUUUCCAUUUCACGAACCGCAAUUCAAGCGAUUGAAAAGGAAAAGUCACAACUUCAGGCAGAAAAUCAAGAACUCCAAAAACAGCUCCAAGAAUUUGCUGAUAAGUUGAGGUCAACAGAACUGACCGCAAUUAGGAAGGAACAACAAUUGCGAGAAGAAAAUCGAAGUCUUAUGAAUCGUUUGGAAGCAGCAGAAUUAAGGGCAGAAUCAUCUACUCACGAAAUAAGCCAAACUACUAUUCCUCUAAUGCGUCAUUUGGAAUCCCUACAACAAACACUGAAUCAGCGGACCAAUAAGUGGAAUAAGGAAGAAAAGUUUUUAUUAGAUAAACUGGAUGCUGCCAAAACACGUCUUCAGUCUUUGGAACACAUUGAAGAAACAUCAAAGGAACAAAUUGAAUUGCUGAGAUCCCGAUGUCAGGAUUUAGAAGAUAAAUUGUCUAAUGCAAUAAUGAAAGAAGAACAAUGUAAAAUUAAUCUACAAUUGGAAAUGAAUAAAAGAGAAACGGACUACAGCAGAAAACUUUCAGAGUUAAUGCAAGAAUUGGAGCAAACCCGGUCAAGAAUUAGAGUGUUGGAAGAAAAUCUUGAUGAAGCAGAAAGUAGGCUGACAGCAUCCGUUGAAUGUUUACAGCACGAGCGAGAACAAACCGCACCCUCAUUUUCCGAGUUGCGAAAUUCUGUUUCAGUCGAUGCAAAUAGGCAUUCACCCACUGCAAGUGGAGGUGUUAAUUCUAUUGAAGAUGGAGGCAGUAUUGAUUGGCAACACCAAGAGGAUGAUUUCGAUUGCAUUUCUAAUCCCGGUGGUAGACCGGUGGCUGGCCAAGGAUUAAAUUUCCAUUUUAUAGCAGCUAACACGACCAAUAAUUUUGAAUAUUUGCAAUCCAUGCUAAAACAAAGGGAAGGUGAAUUGGCUCAAACUCAAUGGGAACUUUCACGAGUACAGGUUGAAAAAAAUGUGCUUCAAGAAGAACUAGCCCAACUUUCAUUAGAAAUGGAAAAUAUCAAGGACAAAAUUCAGUCUUACGAGUUGAUGGAAAAUAAUUAUAACGAUCUGCAAACGAGAUACGAUGCCCUAUUGCAAAUGUAUGGCGAAAAAGUGGAACGUUGUGAAGAGCUUGAAAUGGACCUUAACGAAUGCAAAGAAGCAUACAGAAUUCAAAUCCAAGAUUUACUAAAAAUGAAGACAUGAUGUAUGCACCUAUACAUUUUGCUUUAAGUACGUGUGAUCACUCUGUAAUUAUUCAACGUUUUAGUGUUGUCAAAAUAUGUUUAUUAUCUUUUAAUAAGUAUGUUAUAUAUUAUUUUAGCUAAAUAAAUUUCAUUUAAGGCAAUCGUAUGCCCCAAAUGUACGAAAAUGUAA